GCCCGCCGGGUGGGCAGGUCUCGCGAGAGCGCGGCGCGGCCGCCGUCUCCUAGCAGCCGGCCCAGCCCGACGAUGGAGCCCGACAGCGACAGGCGGCAGCUCCAGAGGCUGGGGCGGGACGCGGUGGAGUACUACCGAAGCCGCGAGGUCCCCCAGCGCCUGGAAGAAGCACUCAACGCCCUCUUCCUCCUGCGCCCCACAGACCUCUACGGGGACUUGGCUAACUACUUUUCUAAAUUUUCAAAAGCUCCGGUAAUAUGCAAAUUAGUUGGAAGAAAAGUCCUUGAUGGAGUUGGUCGACCAACAUUAGAAGUGGAAAUAUACUGUAUAAUUAAAAAUUAUGAGAAGAGGAUUUGUUCCACUGUAAUCUCUUCUCAUUCUCAAAUACUUGAAAAUGCUUUAUCUGAAGCAACUGAGGCUGACGAGAAAGAAAGAAAUGACUCUGUUAACACUGCUGUGGAAUGGGUGAAUGAAUCACUGAACACAAUGCUAAGAGACUUGAAGCCCACUGACCAGCGUGAAGUUGAUAAGAUACUUGGUGAAUACUUUACAAAAAAAGCAGAAGAAAAAAAAGAAAUUCAAAAGGAAGAUGAAGAAGCAGCCACUCUUUCCCUCCCUUCGUGUGUUCCAUCAGCAGCUGCAUUGUCUGGGGGGAAAAAAGCAUCAACAAUAGGGAAGAAGGUGUCAGGUGCAGAGAGAACAAUCCCACCUGCAGAACCCAUUGAAUCAGUGCUUUGUGGCAGCUUAGCCAUUGGGGGAACAUCACUCGCUAUAGCUAAGACUGGUGCCAGUCUUAGCCAUAUCCCGUUGUACUUACAUAUUGCACUGCUGAAACAUAAUCAGUGCUCUCAAUUACAGGAUUCACCUAAGGAAAUGACUGUGCCACUGCCAAUGGUUAGUCUUUUGAACUGUGGGAAAUUUUCACCUGGAAAACUGAAAUUAAUGAAGGAAAUUAUGCUCAUACCACCAGCUCAGUUAUCACUCAGACAGAGUAUAGAAAGGGUUCUGGAUAUUCAGAGAGAAAUGAUGAGGCUAUUGGAGCCUGCAUGCAAAGGGCCUAGUCCUCAACUAGCAGACAGGAAGAAAGGUGGUGCACGUAGUACAGGGAAGAAAGUUCUGCCACCAGCCAUAAAAAGAAUAUCACACUUAGGCUGCCUAAUAACAGGAUGUGAUAAUCUAGAACAACCUCUACUCCUAAUGCAAACAGCUUGCAAUAAUAUAGGUGUGGAGCUAGGAACAGACAUGUAUUUGGCAAUAAAUUGUGCUGCUCAUGAAUUGAUAGAUUACCUGAAAGGAAAAUAUGAAAUACUCACUGGAACUUUCAAAAGUCCUGAUGAAAUGGUUGAUAUGUAUGUGGAACUGAUUAAUAAAUUUCCUUCUAUUAUUGCAUUAGUAGAUCCCUUAAGAAAAGAGGACAGAGAGCAGUGGAAUAACUUAUGUUGUGCUCUGGGUUCCAAAUGUUACCUGAUUGCUGAAGAUGCAGCCACAAGUAUUUCCAAACUUAUAACUGAUCAAGACGUGAACCUACCAAAAUGCAGCGGCAUUGUCCUAAAAUAUAUCAAUCAAACCAAGGUAUCAGAUCUCAUAGAACUUACUGGACUUCUAGAUGGUCGAAGACAUAUUACCAUAUUAGGAAGUCCAGAUGGAGAAUCUUCUGAUGAUAGUCUCGUGGAUCUGGCUGUUGGACUGGGUGCCAAGUUUAUCAAGUUGGGAGGUCUUUCCCGCGGAGAAAGGGUGACCAAAUACAACCGCCUUCUUGCUAUAGAAGAAGAACUGGCCAAGAAUAGAACGCUACGGAUUGAAGGAAGAUUUGACUUUAUCGAUUUUGCUGAAGAACCACAGCCAGAACAACUUUCUGAUGUACUCCCUCCCCCAAAGCAGGAUUCAUUGCCUCCACAGCCCUCUCAGCCAGUCCUGCAGGUUCAGAACCUGACUGCCCAGCUUGCACAGGACAGCACAUUGACUUAGGUUGUCCAAAUUAACUUUUGGGUAAAUUGCUAACAAAUAGUAAUUUUAGUAAGGAAUUUAUAUAUUGACUAUUACUUAGUCUAUUUAUUUACAAGCACUUUAGUUAGAAAUUUUAAAAAGCAUUCACAUAUUAGCUUCUCUUUUCCCAGGAGACUAUUACUUUAGCUGAAACCAAGUUAAUCGAGUAGUGGUUAUCGUUUGAAAAUACCACAAAAUUCUGUGCUGUAUUUACAAAUUGAAAAAACAAAUACCUCUGUGUUAAUUCCAAAACUAAAUGUUUGUUUUGAGAAAGUAGAAAUCUCUCUCCGUACAAAGAACAAGCUAUUGACAAACAGUAAAAAAACAUUUUACAAAAAACAAAGGCCUUGACUGUUAUGUUGCUCCAUCCCCCCACACACCCUCAAUGCUGCUCUUAGAUCUAGCCUACAAGGGAAAUUUUGCUCCAGUUCUAGCUAGCUAUCAACACAAGUGCAUCAGUGCAAACCCCAAAUGUAGGGCACAAAGCUGUAAUUUGCAUCAAUAGGAAGCCUGCGUCUGUCUGAAGCAGGGAAUAACAAGUCAACUUCACAAGGUCUGGGAAACUUGUCAGUGGUCUUUUUAAUAAGCAACAGUGAAAAGAUAAAUAAUUUGUAUCAUAGGUAACAAAUAGUUUAAGUAAAAGAAAUACUUUCUAAAAAACUUCCAGUUUUGUAUAACUUGAACAUAUAAUACAGCAGCAAUAAUCUGAGGAAAAUGCAUACAUAAAAUGUCAGAUUUUAAAUUAAGUGUAACAUAUCUAAGUGCAAAGUUAACCACCAGAAAAAAAAACACAGAAAUGAGAUAUACAACAAAAUGAGAGACAAAUUUCCCCAAAUUUAGGAAUCAUACGUAGUUCAGUAAUUAGAUCAAAUUCAAGAUUUUCUUAGCAGACAUGCAAAAACACCAAAAAAGAUGUGAAACUACCACACUUGUUACUAUCAUUUUAUUUUUAUGAAAAGCACCAGACAGUUGCAUGCAGAGUCAAACCAACAAACUUGGAACAUUCAUCCUUUAGUACUAUCACUGUUUCAGAUCAUUAAAUAGAAAACAAUCCAAAUGCAUUCAAGUACGUGACCACCCAGUUUCAGUUACACCAAUCUUCUUUAAGUAAAUCCCUGAUUACAUUUGUUUGUUCAUUAUAGAAUAAUGAAAUACUGUGUUGAAUUUAAAAAACUACAAUGGAAUGUGAAUUGGCAGUGGAGCAAAUGAUGUACCUCUCAUGUUGUCUUCACUGGAAAGAAGGGUUGAGGCAAAUUGGUUUUUGUUUUAUCAAAUAAAGAAAUUAAUGCCACCACUUUACACAAUGCUCAGAGCAAAGGUUCAUUUGUUAGUGCCACUGGGCUGGAUCUGGGAGUUCUCAAAAUAUUGAUUCCAAAUAACUUGGAAUUCUGUAAUGACUGAAUCCCAGAUGUAGCCCAUACUCACGGGAGCCUACAGUAACUUUUUUUUUUUUUUUUUUUUUUUUUUUUUUUU